AUGAGCGAAUACUUCAGCCUGUCGGACUGCGACGUGAUCGGCUUCGACCUGGACCACACGCUGUGCCGGUACCACCUGAAGGAGACCUCGCGGCUCAUCUACGAGAGCUUUGCCAGGUAUCUGGUGGAGUACAAAGAUUAUGACAAAGACCUGCUGAAUCUGACUCCUGCCACCUGGGACUUCUGCUUUAAAGGGCUGGUCGUGGACCUCGAGGAUGGAAACCUUGUGAAGUUGGCUGAGGAUGGGACUGUCUUAAGAGCGACGCAUGGAACCAAAGAUCUCAGUCCGGAGGAGAUCGUCAAACAUUACGGUCCAAAAAGGGAGUGGAGGCACUUUCACAGUCUGAGCACCUCCUUCACUAGAUCUGCAAAAUACUACUUCUAUGACAAUUACUUCGACCUUCCCGGGGUUCUGCUGUGUGGGAAAGUUGUGGACAUGAUACAUAAGCGAGGGAAUGAGGUGAAUUCCGACUUUUGGAAAGACAUGGUGGCUGCCAUCGAUCACAAUUACAACACAUCUGCGUUCAAAGAGGAUGCAGGUACUUACUUCCCCAGUGUGAAGCGGGACCCGGGCCGGUACCUGCAGCCGUGCUCUGACUCGGUAAAGUCGUGGCUCCGCAGCAUGAAGAGCGCCGGGAAGGUUCUGUUGCUCAUCACCAGCUCCCACAGCGACUACUGCAAGCUCGUCUGUGAACACAUCCUAGGGAAAGAUUUUGAAGAACUGUUUGACAUCAUCAUCACAAAUGCCCUGAAGCCAGGAUUCUUCUCUUUAGUGCCACACCAGAGACCCUUCAGGACCCUUGUGAAUGAUGUGGAGGAGAGUGAGGGACUCCCAUCGCUGGACAAACCCGGCUGGUACUCUCAGGGCAACUGGCCACACCUCCACAACCUGCUCAAGACCAUGACCGGGAAACCAGAGCCCAAGGUGGCGUAUUUUGGGGACAGUAUAAGGUCGGACAUGUUCCCUGCGAGGACCUUUGCCGAUUGGGAGACGGUGAUGGUUGUGGAAGAAAUGGAGGGGGAGAGCGUCCCGAGAAGUGAAGCUGCUAUGGCCAAUGAGGCUCAAGCGGAGCCGCUGGAGAAAAGGGGAAAGUUUGAGGAGCAAGGCAUGAAGUCCCCCUCAGCUGUGUCCAACCAGUGGGGGUCCUACUUUGUUGACAUGCACAGAAGUGAUGGAGAAGACGACGAAGCCCAGAAGCUGACCUGGUGCUGCCACUGCAUUCACAAAUACAGCACCAUGGCCAUUCCCAGCGUGGAGCACAUAGCAGAUCUUCCUCUGGAUUACAAAUUCCCCAGGUUUUCCCCGGACAAGCCCUACACCACCGGCUACUACCCCAGACCUCCAGAUUCUGUGCUGAAGAGAUGCAAGAAUGUGUCAUAAAAAAAAUGAAGAAAAGCAAAAGAAGAAAGUCCUCCCAACCCCUUCUGCCUCAGGAGAGGAAGGUGCCUCCUUAUUUCUGCCUGUAGUUUUUUUUUUUUUCCACGUGACCCUCACCAUCAUCUGUGGAGCACAGGAAGCAUGCGUUCAGAGAAACCAUGUGAAUGUAAACCACAGUAACUGUAAGGAAAGUGUCCCAUACUCCAGUGUGCCGUACGUGUGUGCUGCAUUCAGUAGUGGUAUACUCUUCACUCUGACUUUUGUGUGUGCGCUCAUCUGUCGUUUUGAAUCCUCUAAACUCUCUGAAAUGAAGCGUUUUACCUCAAGAGCAGAAAUCAAGUAAAGCCAGUCACGUCGUUCCUCAGUGUAUUUCUGUACAACACUCUUACUGUGAAGAUUUUUCUUUUCAUUAUUCAUCACUCGUACUUUCUGAUUGCUCUGCUGGUGAGCCCUCGUCAUGUUUGUGGAUCUCCACUAUUGCUAAAGAUUUAGCACAAUAUCGUCUUUUGUGUUGGGUGUUCCAGAAAACUUUGGGAAAUAGUAUUAAGAACAAGAAGAAGAAGAAUGAAAACUAUGCUAGCUGUUCUGUGUGUUACUUUUGAUGCAGCUGUGACCCGUGUUCUGUGAGUGAUUCUUUAAACCCCUGUGCUUCAUAUAUGCUCUAACCGACUUCUGAAUGGUCCUGUGGGAUUGAGCAGUCGUGCCAUCCAUUGAGGAGAAAGCUCCAUUUGUGAAGGUCGUCUGGUUGUUGUCAAUACAGGUCAAAGUCAGCUUUCAUCUCAGUACGUAGUUGCAGGAUUCACAAGGCUCACCGCCACAUAAUAACUGCUUGAAAUGUUACAGCAACUGAGAUCCACGACAAACAGCUCCUGAAGAGACUGAUUAAGCUGCUGAAAAUGGCUGAGGAGCUUUCUGACAUCUCAAACAUAGAAGAGUCCUAGCCAGUAAGGCAUGGUGGGCCCCAAAUGGUUUCAAAGUGGGCAGAAAAUGUGGGCCCCAAACGGGCUUGUCCACAGUUUCUGUGGUGGUCCCAGGUGUGUUUGCCUUCAUUGGCUUAAGUGGACACUCAGUGGGUAGGCUCGCUACGCUAUCCAGCCGCCUGGUGGACAUCAGAGCUCGCUACAGUGGAACUCGCUAUCUUGCUACAGCAGAGCUUGCUAGCUUGAUAAGGCGGAGCUUGCUAGUUCGAUACAGUGGAACCCACUAUCUUGCUACAGUGGAGCUCACAACAGUGGUGCUUGCCAGAGCUGGCUAGCUUGUACAGUGGAACUCACUAGCUCGAUACAGCGAAGCUUGCUAGCUCACUAAAACGAAGUUUGCUACAGCGGAUCUCGCUAGCUCAACAGAGCGGAGCUUGCUACAGCAGAGCUCGCUAGCUCAUACAGUGGAGCUGGAUAGCUCACUGCAACGGAGUUGGCUAGCUUGCUACAAUGGACCUUGCUAGAGCGGAGUUGGCUAGCUCGAUACAGCAGAGCCCGCUAGGAUGCUACGCCACCCACUGGGAAAGCUGGCUAGCGUAGCGAGCUAACCCACUGAGUGGCCACUUAAGCCAAAGUGGGCAAACACAGAUGGAGCGACCACGGAAACUGUUUGACAUUAAACAAGCAUAAAGAAAAGUUGAUCAUAUAGACCUGAAUAGGUGAGGAACGGAAGAUGAAUCUACUCAUCUGAAAAACUAAAAAUCAUGGGCUUUAGUGGGAUAGGUAGCGCAAAAAUACACAUCAAGGCAGAGGGACCCCCUAAUGAUCAUGUGGCUGAAACACACUGGGAAGGGCAUGAAAGGCCUCCCCACGUGUGGCUCAAACAGCUCAAGCUUUCAUCGAGGAUCCUCUGACCUGCACUUUUAUGUAAUUUGAUGAGAUUGAACUGAGGUGUGUAGAUCAAACUGGAUUUGAUCUGGUUUAGCUCAAACUGGUGUCUGUGAGGGCUGGUGUCCAGCUGCUUUUGCAGAUAUGUUUGGGCCAUCAGAAAAUUGUCUGACAUCCAUGGGAAGCUGAAAGAGCAGAAAAGUAGUGGGAAACGUCAUCUGACAGACGGCAGCUGUUAGCGUACCUUUUAAAUUUUUCCUCCCAUAAACUGAUGUUCUGAGAGGUCCCCGUCCUGCAGGGAUGGUCAUUCUGCUACAUAACCGUCCCAUUCUGUCUUAGUUCUCAGCUGCUUCCACAUCACAUCUGUCUCCUUACAAAUCUGUCAGAGAUGAUUCAACGUUCUCCUUUCAGUGAAUCACAGAUUGAGAUGUUCCUCCAGGGUGGCCAGCAUCUCUCAUGUCUGGAGACAGCACCGUUACAGCAAGCAGGGCGGGUGGAAUCAGACAUCCAAAGUCAAUACUGGUUUGUGCUGUGUGUGCAGGUUUGUGUGUGCAUACAGUUGUGAUGAUUGUACUCUUCUUUUGUCAUGGAAUCAUUUGCACAUUUGCCUUAUGUUCGGUUCAUCUGUGGUCUUUAAGAUCUUCAAAACAGGGAAACUUUGGUUCUGUGUUCAAUGAUGAGGUACUGUCAAAGAAAUAAAAUGUUUUACGAUUUUCUUACAUAAGA